UUAAGUGGUCGUAAUUCACUUACACCGCAUAUAUAAGAAUUAAAUUACAGCUAUUUUUACGUAAGCAUGAACUGAGUUGGCACGUUAAACCAAUCCAGCGAGCCGGCAAGAGCCUUCAAAGGAAAAGCCUCCGUUCCUCUUCAGUACUCGGAGAUUCGUGAAGAUAGAGAAGAUGGGACUUUUGGAUCUCUUCAUUGCUGCGUCAAUUCCAGUGUUGAAAGUGUUACUAAUAACUGCACUUGGUUCCUAUCUUGCUCUGGAUCAUGUCAAUAUUUUGAGUGAAGAUGCCAGGAAGCAUAUAAAUAAUGUGGUAUUUUAUGUCUUCAACCCAGCGCUUGUGUCCUCCAGCCUUGCUGGAACAAUUACAUAUGAAAGCAUGGUCAAGUUGUGGUUCAUGCCGAUCAAUGUUCUCAUUACAUUUCUAGUUGGCUCGAUCCUUGGAUGGAUAGUCAUCAAAUUGACGAGGCCUCCCUCACAUCUGCGGGGGCUUAUUGUGGGUUGUUGUGCUGCAGGAAAUUUGGGGAACUUGCCUCUUAUUAUACUCCCAGCAGUUUGUAAAGAAAAAGGAAGUCCAUUCGGAUCUCCCGAUGUCUGUCGCUCCUAUGGAUUGGCUUAUGCUUCUCUGUCAAUGGCGCUUGGAGCCAUUUUUUUGUGGUCAAUUGUGUACAAUAUUGUCCGGGUAGCUUCAACUAGGAGCACAACAGAAUCUGAAAUUGGUGGUAACUCUUUCAAAGGAGAAUCCAAUUCAGGCAUGGGAGACUGCAGGGAGCCGCUACUUUCUUCCAACGAUAAACUUGCAUUGCCCCAAACUACAUCUGAGGUGGAGGUUUCAUGUACAAUGAAGGAAAGAGUGAAGUCGGUGUUCAAGAAGAUUAACCUGAAGGCUUUGUUCGCACCUUCUACUACUGGAGCGCUUGCUGGAUUUGUAAUCGGCCUUGUUCCUCUGAUCCGAAAAUCAUUGAUCGGUGAAACUGCUCCUCUUCGUGUUAUUCAAGACUCUGCUUCUUUACUGGGAGAUGGAGCCAUCCCCACCGUCACACUGAUUGUUGGAGCAAACCUUCUCAGAGGUCUCAAAGGGUCUGGAAUUCGUAAAACUAUUGUUGUGGCCAUCGUAGUCGCACGUUAUGUUGCCCUGCCUCUGAUUGGCAUUCUCAUUGUGAAAGGGGCACGCCAGUUUGGUUUAGUGCACUCUGAUGAUCCUUUGUAUGAAUUUAUUCUUCUGCUUCAAUUUGCAUUGCCGCCUGCCAUGAACAUAGGUACCAUCACUCAAUUGUUUGGAGCAGGUGAAAGUGAAUGUUCUGUUAUAAUGCUAUGGACUUAUGGCUUGGCUUCAAUCUCGCUAACUUUUUGGUCGACAUUAUUUAUGUGGCUUGUGUCUUAA